AUGUCCGACGGGCAGUCCAGAAUUGCCAUCAAGUUUGGCGCCCCUCUCUCAGGGACCUCCAAGAAGGCGCAACGACCGCCUCCUCCACCUUCUACCCUAGGCAAGCGACACAGACACCGCUUUAACGCCGAUUCCGAAUCAGAGGGAGAGGACGAGACUGUCGGGCGACAUGAGAGCAUCACUGGUUUUGGUGCGGAUGGAGCUGAAGUAGAGGAUGCUCGCAGCCGUCAACGGAGAGAGGCGCAGGAACGCUCAGAGACACAGCGCAGGGGCAAAAGAGACCGAUCAGAGGAAAGCAAAUCACGGCAAAAUACGGAUCUGAAAGAGACGGACCCGCCAGACGAGGACAAGCCUAUCAAAUGGGGUCUGACGUUGACGAAGAAAUCAAGUCAAAACGCCGAUGCAGACCAGGCGAACGGCAACAGCGCGAAGGAAGAUGACCAGAAAACCGCGGACGAGACUGGGCCGCCAAAGAGUGCAGAUGAGCAGGCUCUGAACGCGUUACUUGGGAAGGCGGAUAGUUCCUCUGAACGACGGGGCCAACGUACCGAGGAUGAUGCAUAUCGAGAUGCCACAGAUAACGCCCCGGACGUGGAUCCACUGAAGAUCUAUGAUGAUCAUCCAGUUGAGGGAUUUGGGGCGUCACUUUUGAAGGGGCAAGGCUGGGAUGGAAAAAUGCGAGGCCCAAAGACAAAGGAAGUCAAGAGGCGGCCAAAUCAAAUGGGUCUGGGCGCAAAGAGCCUGAACGGAGCAGAAGACCUGGGCGAUUGGAACCACAAGGGGAGCAGAGACAAACGCCCACGUCUAGACGAAUAUAAGCGCGAAAGAGAAAAGGAACGAAGUCGACGGGAUGACCAGUAUCGAGACAGUUAUAAGCGCGAACGCGAUAGGGAGCGUGAGCGGGACAGGGACAGGGACAGAGACAGAGGAAGCGACUAUAGACAUCGUGACAGGGACUACCGGCGAUAA